AUGAGUCAAGCCAAGAUCCUUCCAGCGAUAACGAAUGUGGCCUCCUGGGCUCUUAAAUCCAGCCCGUCCGCCUGGCUGAAGUCCUGGCUUCUGUAUCUGGGCAUUCAAACACACGUGAGAGCAACCAUGGAGCCCGAGAUGAAGCCCCUUCACAAUGUCUGCGAAUAUCUUCAUGCCCUUCACAUCUAUACUGAUGAAGCCCGACGGGGAGAAAUACUUCAAGAUGUUCGACAAUGCUUGAUCUACGACUCGUGCCAACCGGGUGCCCGUCUCAUCGGGGUCGAGUUCAUGAUCCCCAAAUCCCGUUACCUCACUCUAGAUCCCGAAGAGCAAAGGCUUUGGCACUCGCAUGAAUUCGAAGUCAAGUCCGGCAUGCUAGUCCUCCCGUACCCCGAAUCCCACAAGCAGCAAAAAGAUCAAUGGGAUGAACUGGAGACAAAGGCCAUGGAAGAGGUGGUCAAUUUGUACGGCAAACUCUAUCAUUUCUGGCAAGUCGACCAGGGUCAUGACUUGCCGCUUGGCAGCCCGACAUUGAUGGGCUCGUUGACCGACAGCCAGCAAAUCGACAUUGACGAGGCGAUGGCAGAGAGGAACCAAGAGCAAGAGAUUGAUCAACCCAUGAAACGCGAGCGGCGGAAGUACCUUGAGCUGGCUGGCAUUCCGGACAACGCCGACUCUUGGUGGAAAGAGGCAAAAGAGAAGAAGAUGGGUAUCUACGCAGAGUAG